CGCUUGCACGACAGUGCGCGCGCAUCAUCGGCGCCGAUCGGUCACUCUCGCGCACAUGUGUUUAACAAAACCUUGACUCGUGUCAUUCCGUAAAUACCAAAUUCAAAAAAUAUGAAUUAAAGGUUUUCAAAACGUGAAAGGGAUAAAAUGCUGUGUUUUAGAAGUGUGCGAGUGAGAGAGGCGAGGUGGAAAGUGUUGUGCGCGUCUGAUCGCGUGUUUUACCAUUCUGGCGCAGGAGUUUUCGGACAUCGACCGCGGAUUGUCAAUGAGGCCGAAAUACCUCAAGAUGUAUUAACAAGAAGGUUUGAGAACUGUCGCGCGCAACAACUAGUCGACGCGUAUCGCACCCACGGACACUUGAAAGCCACUAUCGAUAAUGUGGACUAUAGAAACGAGAACAGAAAUGUGAAGGAGCUUAAUAUAUCAAGAUAUGGGCUGUCGUCCGAGGAUGCUGUUGAUUUAGGCCUCCUGUACGGACACAGCGGCCGGCAAUCUGUUAAGGCUCUAGUGGAGGCGUUAGAGAAAACAUACUGCGGGCCUAUUUCCUACGAAUUCUCUUAUUUGGAGACUGAAGCAGAACGAGAAUGGUUCGCUCAAAGAAUAGAAAGCAGCGCAGACGUUAUAAACAAUGAACGCAGAGUUGAGAUCGCUAAAGAGCUACUCCAUUCCCAAGCGUGGGAUAAGUUCUUAUCUACAAAAUAUCCUACAGUGAAGCGGUAUUGCGGUGAAGGCGCUGAAUCUCUCCUCACUUUCUUCUCUACGCUGUUUAGAUUGACUACUGCUGAGGGCGUAGAACAAGUGAUAUUAGGCAUGGCUCAUAGAGGAAAACUGAACGUACUAAGUGGUCUAUUAAAAUGUCCGCCUGUGAAAAUAUUCCAUAAAUUUAAUGGCAACCCAGAGUUCCCUGACGAAGCUAAUGCCGCUUGCGAUAUUUCUACACAUCUUAGUGCGUCGGUAGACAUCACGCUGAAUGAGAAAACUGUUCGGUUUUCUUUAUUAAACAACCCUUCUCACUUGGAGGCCGCUAAUCCGGUAUCCAUGGGGAAAGCGAGGUCAAAGCAAUUGCAACUAAAGGAGGGGGACUAUUCCUUAGACGGAUCAUCGCGGAUGGGCGAUAAAGUACUUAAUGUCCAGAUCCAUGGAGAUGCAGCGUUUACUGGACAAGGUGUAAAUCAAGAAACGCUAAUGUUAUCACAAGCACCUCACUGCAACGUUGGUGGAUCUUUACACGUUGUUGUUAAUAAUCAGGUCGGAUUCACACUGCCAGCUUUACGCGGUCGCUCCUGCCGAUACGUCACAGAUUUAGCGAAAGCAAUAUCCGUGCCAGUUAUUCAUGUCAAUGGAGAUCACCCUGAGUUAGUAGCAAAAGCGACCAACAUAGCCUUCGAAUACCAACGCGAAUUCCGUAAAGAUGUGUUCGUGGACUACAACUGCUUUAGACGCUGGGGCCACAACGAGGUUGACGACCCCACCUUCACAAACCCUCUACUCUACAAGCUUAUACAUAGCAGAAAGUCCAUUCCUGACGUGUACGCAGAGAAAUUGAUGUCAGAGGGAGUUCUGACCAAACAGGACGUGGAGAAUAUAUCAGCGGAGUACAUGCAGUAUUUACAAUCGCAGUACGAGAGCGUCGCUUCGUACAAGCCCGAGGUCUCAUACUUCCAAGAGCAGUGGUCGUCGAUGUAUUUCGCACCGCAAGCCGUGGAGACCUGGGACACAGGUGUCGACGCUGGUCUGCUGAAGACCAUUGGACAGGCUUCCGUCAACACUCCUGAAGCAUUUAACAUUCAUCCGCAUUUGGCUAAAACUCAUGUGAAGAAUCGGUUAGCCAAGCUGUCUCAGGAGAAGGAAUUGGAUUGGGCUACGGCCGAGGCAUUGGCGUUUGGUUCGUUACUAAUGGAGGGUCGGCACGUGAGGCUGAGCGGCGAGGAUGUUGGUCGCGGCACCUUCUCCCACCGGCAUGUCAUGCUGGUUGACCAGCAGGACGAGUCCAUACACAUCCCCUUGAACCAUAUACAUGAGGACCAGAAGGGAUUCUUAGAGGUCGCGAACUCGAUUUUGUCUGAAGAAGCUGUCCUAGGUUUCGAAUACGGCAUGGCUUACGACUCUCCCGACAAUCUUUGUAUUUGGGAGGCACAAUUCGGCGACUUCUACAACGGAGCUCAGAUCAUUGUGGAUACCUUCAUCGCAUCCGGAGAAGCAAAAUGGGUCCGCAGCAACGGUCUAGUGAUGCUCUUACCUCAUGGUUACGACGGCGCGGCGUCCGAGCACUCCUCCUGCAGAGUGGAGAGGUUCCUUCAAAUCACGGACAGCUCGGAGACGGCUCCAGACUCCGAAGCUGUUUGCUUGCAUAUAGCUAACCCUACAACACCGGCGCAGUACUUCCAUUUGUUAAGAAGACAAAUGGCGCGCAACUAUAGAAAGCCAUUAGUCGUGGUUGCACCCAAAAUUCUGUUGCGAUUACCCGAUGCAGUGUCGCCGCUAUCAGACUUCACUCCUCGCACACAUUUCCACACAGUAAUCGGUGACCAACUAGCAGACCAAUUGAAAGUAAAGAGAGUGAUAUUAGUAAGCGGUAAACAUUACUACGAACUCCAUAAAGAAAGAGUGAAAGCGAAGAUUGAUGACGUAGCUAUUGUGAGGGUUGAAGGACUCGCUCCGUUCCCUCUACAGGCGCUGCAGAAGGAACUAGACAAAUACCCUAAUGCUAGAAAAUUCAUCUGGAGUCAAGAGGAACACAGGAACAUGGGAGCUUGGAGCUUCGUCAAACCACGAUUCGAGAAUUUGUGUGGCAGAAAGUUAGUGUACGCGGGUCGCGAAGUGGCCGCGACUCCGGCUGUGGGAGCCGCCACACUGCACAGAGCCGAAGUACAACACGUGCUCAGAGAACCACUGUAUAAUAUUAAAUGAAUGUGAUAAAUAACUACUGAAACACCACGGAUAAAGUCUACGUGACGCGCUUCUCAAAGAUAUGAAUUUAAUAAAAUAUUAUGUUAGGUAAAUUUUAUUAUCUAUAAUAGUUUAUUCUAUAGUUUCAAUAGAGCAUAUAGCAUUUUUUUUUUACUAUGUGUAGCAGCUAUUCUAUGAAAACAUAUCGAAAAAAAAAUAUUUAUAUAUUCAGACACGGCGUUCGCUUAUUCAACGGUAUCAUAGAGACAUUCGACAUAGGUACAUACCUACAUUCAAGCAUAGAUUAAUGCAAAUAUUCAGCAGUAUCCAUAGACUUUAAAGGAUCCCUAACCAUACUGAAGCCUUCUUUUUACAUCUACCAUUAUAAUUGAAAAUUAAGCUAUAAUGUAACUUGAAUAUAUUAUACUUAAAAAUGUACUUACUGACAAGUCAUUCUGCGAGUGGGCGCCGUGUCCUAUUUAUUCGUUCAAAUUAUAAUAAUUAUAUUCUUUGUUAUUGCAAUUGUGAGAAAGUGUGAUGUUUGGGGUAUAUGUAUUUCGUCAAAAAUGUAUGCAAAAUUGCAUUUUAUGUUGCAUUCGUUGAGUACUUGCUUUUAAAUUUAGUUGCAAGAUUGGACUCAUACAUACAAAACAUUGCAAAUUAAUUAAAGCUUGUAAUAUAUAAUGUCAGUUUUAAAAUGUGCACUGCCAGAUUGCUAAAAUAAUAUACUAUUUACUCGA